AUGCGCACUGGUCUUUGUUCGACGGGCACGACGCCGAUGCGUUGUGGGAAAAAUGGCCGGGUGCCCGUAUUCGUGACAAGCGGCCACCUUGAGGUCAAAAGCGACGGCCCUCCUCGCCCUCACAUUACUUGGAAUCCAUCCUCCCAGACACACAAACCGAACCCGUCGGCGAAACGAAUCAACCCGCCGACCAAACCUCCCAACCCCGACUUAGACGCUGCCCAUUGUACUCGCGCACCCGCCCAGGGGGGAUUCAAGACCGCCGGCACAGCCCACAACGGAGCCCGCUCCAGACGCCGAACUACCCCGACCGCGUCGGCACAACGCCCCGGUGAUACAGCCCACUCGCCCGUGAAACCGCGCACCACCCAAAGCCAGCAGCGCGCCCCGGAGGAGCCCCAGCGUAAAACCUUCAAGAACCCCCGCCGAAACCCACCACGGGUUCCUGCGCGAACCCCCCAAGCGCAAACCCAAACCGUCGAGUCAACGAAUCGCGGAACGUGUCAAAAACGGAUGUAUUUGAUAAAGCUCUCGCGCCUCGCUUUUACAUGGUUAGAGGGUAGACAGGAAAGCGGUGGCUCCCACGAAAUCGACGUUGCCAUCGGCAUCGCGGUGCUUGUUCACGUACUCGUCGACGGCGGCCUCGGCGACACCAAGAGUACUGGCGGAGGCGACCAGGUCUUCACCCUUAAUCUUGCCAUCGACGGCCUUGUCCUUCAGAGCGGUUUCAAUCUCUGCGUGGCUGGGCAUUUUCAAACGUAG